GGUAAAGGUGCUCUACAGUCGCUUCACUGCCGCCUUCAAAGUGCCACUCGACUUUCUCUUUGGGCUGUUUCCUGCAACUGCUGGACCCUACUUUUAAUUCAAAAUGUCCAUCAGUCGGAAAAAUUGGUCGGCAUUGUCCAGUUUGGCUCAGCGCUGGACCAUGGAGGAUGAGGAGGAGGUGGAGAGAGAGAGGAGAAGAAGGGUGAGGGGGUCGAGCUCCUCUGCUGACCCUGAUAGCGUUAGGGGUCCAGAGCAUCAAGAACAUGGAGAGAAAGGGGUCAGCCAUGGGACACCUACGGGCGAUCAAGGUCUCAGCAGUGUGGAGCAGAUGCAGCUGGACUUUGUGGAAAUGCUUCGGUCCCGGGACGAGAGGCGGAGGAUGCGUCACGUGGAGACCUUAAGGAAGCAGAAGGAGGUGGUGGAUGAUGCUGAUGAUCAAGGUGCUGCAGAGCCCAGAGUGGAGAUACUGGGAGACGUUGAGGAGACCAGCACUGCCACAGUUUCUCAGACUGGAGUCCACACAUCUAAACCUGCCCAGCCGACUACAAGAGUGACACCCCCCCAAUUUGAAAAUGGAGCGUCAUCAUCCACUGACCAUGAUCCACCAGCAGCAACAAACCCGGCCCGCAAGUUUGUCAGUUCUGUGUCCAUCUCACUUGACAAGAGUCCUUCCACAAGUGGUCGAUCAACUCCCAUGAGCCCUCGCUCUCCUACGACUCCUCACUCACCACGAGAAAACUGGUCUGCAUCAAGAGCACCUCCAAGCCCUGUUCAGAACGGACACACACAGCAGAACACUGAAAAUGGCUCAUCUAAAUUUGAACCAACAUCUAAACCUGCAUUUGUCAGACAGAGUUCCAGGACCAUCUCUUUCAGGUUGAUGAAGAAGAAGGAGGAGGAGACUUCCCCACUGCAGCGAAGUGCAAGUGUGAGGAUUGCUUCCAAGAAGUUUGAACAGAAUACAGAGCAAAGUCCAGAGGUAGAUACAGCAUCAUCAUUCCAAAGAAACUCCAGGCAAAGGAUUUCCUCCAGGUCCAUUCAGGAGAAGAUGGAAAGACUGGCCCAGGCAGCUCAGAGGUCAGAGAUGGUGCGCUCCCCGGAUGUGUCCCAAAAGACUCUGUCUAUGAUGGAGGAAGUGUCCAGAAAGAGAGGCCUGUUUGAGCAGCAGCAGGAUCAGAGCCAGGCCAGCCUUGUAUUCAGCAAACAGGACUUUAGAAUCAUCAAAACUGGAAUGACUGAGAGGAUCAAUAAGUGGAUGAAUAAGAGGAACCAAACUGGAUUGUCACAUAGCCCCGCGGAUUUGAGGCAUGUGGACAUCAGCAGUAAGAAAAGCCUUUUUGAGAAGAAAGCUGAAGACUCUAAACCCAGCUCUGGAAAAAUUUGAUUCAUUUUCAGAUGAGCUUACACCAUGGAAGAGCAGAAGGAGGCGGACUGAUUGUUGCUUUAAACUUUUGUAUCUUUUUGUGCACUCUGAAGGAAAAGGCCCUACAUGGGUGAGAAAGCUUUUGUUAUAAAUUUACAUUGCUACUGAAAAAUUAUUGAAGACUAAGUUUGUUUUUGUUCAAAUUUAUGAGCUCUGUGACUAUGCUAUGUAAUUUAAGCACUUUAAACCGGUGAUGGUUAUAAUGUGAUUCAACAAUAAAAUGCUAGUACAUUGUCUUUUUCCCAGUCUUCUCUAUGAACUGGUCCUUGUGUGUACAAAAACUGCCUGUUGAAGGAAUAAAUGUUUUUGAACAUU